AAGACUUGGAGGAGCUUAAAGUCGGGCAGCUGUGAGGAGGCUCUGCAGACCGACUCAUUUCUUCAACAUGAAUCUUGCUCUGGUGCUGUUGGCGACGUCUCUGCUGGCCGCAGCGGCCGCUCAGUCUCAUGACCAUCAGGACAUGGGCUGGGUCAACGGAUACCGCCAGGGCUUCAACUUCCAGUGUCCCCACGGGGAGGUCAUGGUGGCCAUCAGGAGCUACUAUAGUGAGGCGGACGGCUCGGACCGAUUGUGGACAUUUGAGUGCCAGCCCACACCUGAGGGUCUGGGGGAGCCCAGUGACUGCUGGUGGGACGACAUCAACCGAGCCGGGAUGGAGUGGACUUCAACGUGUACACGAAACGGCCUGGUGGCGGGCAUACAGAGCAAGUACUUCCAAUCCACUCUGGACCGGGAGUGGCAGUUUUACUGCUGCUAUUACAAACGCCGCUGUCCAUACUCCUGCAUGAAGACCAGCGACAUCCCUGAAUACUUCAGGGAAGAGGCCGAGCUGGUGGUUCCCACCUACGGCUACUUCAUCCGAGGAGCCCAGACCACCUUCAGCGGAGUCCUCAGAGAUCGGCAGUGGAAGUACAUCCUGUGCAGAAUGACAGACUUUGACUGUGAAUUUGAAAAUUUAUAAACUUCUAAACAGGAUUUUUUGCUUUACAUACACAUAUUUUAAACUACAUAUUUACUCUUACAUUUAAACAGAAACAUAAUACUGAGAUUAAACAUAACACAUUCAUGUUUUCAGUCAUGUAUCAAGUACAGGUGUGUGAUAUCUGCCUGUGUUUUUUAGUCUAGCAUUCAAAAAUAUGCUCAUAUGAUGGUAAAUGUUAAGAUAAACAUGGAGACAGAGGGUCUACAGAAGAUUUAGGUUUCAUUUAGUUUUCAUUUAGUGUUUUCAUUGAGUUAUCGGAGGAACUGGAAGUCAUUUGGCAGCAUGUGAAAGUGGUUUUCCAAAACAAAGUCAAUUAUUUGAUGCUGUGGUCAUGGGGGUGGAAAACACUGAAUCAGGCUCCAAGACCUCUUAGUUUGAGGUCACGUGACGGCGAUGGCUGAACAAAAUGGCUUUGGUCGGACCAUUUUCACGGUUAUAAAAGCCUUGAGGGAGCAGGAGGUGUGACUGAUUGGGAUAUUGUUUCAGAGGUAACACUUGUGUUGAAGUAAUGAGAAGCUCUUUCACUGGCAUCAAGAGCUUUGCAUGCAAUGAAAAAUGUUCCACCUGCUUUCAAUUGACUUCACAUCUCUCCCUUAUUAAAGUGUGUUGUUGUGUUUGCCAAUACUGUACUGGAACUCAUGUAACUGUACUGUGUGAAAAUGGGAUUAAAAUCAUCCCCUUUUGAUUA